UAGUAUUUUUUACUCUUUAGUGUAGCUAUGAAUAUACUCCAGAUAUUUAUAAAUUUCUUACCACUUGGAUUAGUCUUAGCCCAGAGACCCUCUUAUAAAAAUAAUAAUUACCAAGUCAUAGGAGUCAAUUGUGAGGAAAAUGAAGUGGUUAGCUGUCUGAUGAUAGAGUGCUCUGGUAAUGACUUUUGUCCGGCGGAAGAUUAUUGUUUUAAUCCCAAGUGUGUUUGCCGAGAAGGAUAUCGAAAGGUUCGAGGUUCCUGUAUUCCCAAACAUGCCUCUCUGUUCCUAAAACCCAAGGUCUUGGAGUCGGCUUUGUUGGAAAUGCCCUAUCGCAAGGAUUUUUCUUUAAAGAAAUAUUAAAUUGUAGUAAAUUGUUUAUUUGUAAGCCCUCCCCUAAAGUAUGCUUUAAAUAUUUAUCGUUUUAAAAACCCCCAUUUUAAUGAUUAUAAUUCCCAGAUCUAUCGAUAAA